AUGCCAUCAAAGAACCGUAAGCUCGGACCUUUGGAGCAUCUGCCUGUGUCGUCACCGAAUGAAGGACAGGUGAAGGCGUCCAAGCCGCCCCAAGAGGUUUUCCACUUUGUCAGCGUCAAUCCGAUAUCUGAGGUUCAAAAAUCACAUAAUCGGACCGUCAUCCGAUCGCAUGCCAGUAAGUAUAUCUGGCGUCAACACCGAGCUGGGCGAUCAGAGAAGAGCAGCGCGAAGAAACCGUAUGCAAAGGUCUUAAGCCCUCCAUUACCCGGUUCCAAGCAGGUAAUCCAUCAACCGAAAUGGCCUUCCUCGCAAGGCUCACCUACACUCUCGGACGACGAGUUAAAGCCAUCCUCGAACCCGCCGUUUAGAGAAUUAGAGGAUCCUCCCGCUAAGGCUGAAGACAAAGCAAUUCAGCCCUCCCCGAGUAGGGCUUCACCAUUGUCCCUAGCAUUACACCGACCUGAUUGCGGCGCAACGUAUGUUUCCCGGACCAAUACUCGCCCGGGAAUUACACAGAGGCAUGUCGAUGGUCCAUUUAACCAAUUGACGGCCUGGCUGUCUAACCCUACCCACGUAUAUCCGUCAAUGUUGGGCGAAUCGAUGAUUAGCAAAUUGAUGCGAUACGGUCAGUCUGUUUUCUACCCGUCAAGUCCUCUCUCUAUCUUUUUGACCACUAUCGUCUUUGAGGCUUCCUCGCAGAGGUUGAUAAGGCGGGAAGGUUUGAGUGCUGUGCAUGUAUCUGCCUUUGAGCUUUGGCCUGGACUGGUUUUAGGUGCUUCAAACCAAAAAUGGGAUCGAGAGGAAGCAGCUGAGAACUGGAUGCCCCGGGCAAUGACGAGUCCUCCCCUCUUUACUGCAUUUCUAUACGGUGCUGCGGGACACAUGCAGACGCGAAAGCGACUCGAGGGUGGGCAGUUUCUCCCGCAAACAAGAGAGGAGAAGCUAGAGCAGAUUGUCUGUGAGACUGAGACGAUCAAAGAGCUGAACAGAAUGAUGCAGGACCCAUCCCAGGCGUGCUCGGAUGAGGUCAUUCUCGCCGUGCUGUGUAUGGCUUUUAAUCGGAUUGAUUAUUCCGAAUGGAGCGUGCCCGAUACGUGGCCGAGAGCACCACUGCGCAACCUCCAGUGGCUGGAUGUGUAUGGCGGACUAUCGCUGAACGAUCAUCAUGUCAAGGGUCUCCUUGCGCUUAUUGAGAUGAGAGGUGGUGUUUCACAGAUGAAAUUGCCUGGCUUAGCGGUGACAUUGUCAACGUCGGUUGUGAUGCUAUCAACCAAAUACCUUGUCAGACCGCGGCUCCCAUUUGUGCCCAUAUUCAAAGAAAGUGCGGAGGGGCGAACACCUCAUUGGCCGACGAUGAUGAACAGUGUCGAGCUGGCUGAUGACGGCCAAACGGACCCCAUCCUCAAGGCCAACUUGCCGUACAACAUCUGCGAUGUCCUUCAGAACAUGCGGGACUACAGCAACGUCGUAAACCUGUACUCCCAAGGCGUCCUCCCAAACCUCGAGCUGGCCAGCAUCGCUGAUCGCCGCAACUGGAUCCAAUAUAGCCUCGUCUCACUACCCUCUAUCUAUGAAUUAGAUGAGCAAUCCAUCCAGCACCACAAGACAUACGAGGUUUGUCGCCUUGCGGCAAUGAUAUACAGCAUGCUUGUUAUCUUCCCACUUCCGGCCGCAAACCGACCGUUUAAGCGGAUAACAUCGAUGACAAGAGCAGCGUUGGCUGAGUCGGAGCCGUUGACCGCCUGGGGGCCCGCUGGUGAGAUGCUGCUAUGGUCGUUGGUGCUGGGGGGAAUGGCGGCGAGAAACACGCCGGAUAGGGGGUGGUUUGCCGACAAACUUGUAGAAGUCCUCGCUUCUGGAGGGCCACGCACGUGGGAAGAGCUGAAGGAAGUGAUGGUGCAGGUGAUGUGGAUGGACAGUGUGUGCGAUAUGGGAGGACGGGCUUUCUGGGAGGAAGUGACGAGCGCUGGCCGGAGCUGGAUUUGA